UGCCAUGUACAGGGUGUAAAUUGACUCGUAUUUCCUCGAUUGCGCAAUCAGAAAAAUCGCUUCAUUUAUUAGCCACCGACACAAGACACAUACAUACCUGUGUUGAGGCGUGGUCUCAGACAGCUUCGGGCAUUUAAACAGACAAAUACAGAGCCGCUUCUCACUUCAUACAGAAAACUGCAAACACGUCUCCAAAAAACACAUCGACAUGGGCAACUGGGUUGUUAACCAUGGACUGUCGGCUCUUAUCCUGGUGGUCUGGAUGGGAAUCAAUAUAUUCAUCUUUGUGUACUUUUACCUUUUCUAUGACCUGGGACCACAGUUCUUUUACACACGGCACCUACUCGGACCUGCGCUUGCAUGGGCAAGGGCGCCUGCGGCCGUCUUGAACUUCAACUGCCUGCUGAUCCUGCUCCCAGUCUGCCGAAACCUGCUUUCCUUCAUCAGAGGAUCCUGUGCGUGUUUCCGCAGGUCCAUGAGGAAGCAGCUGGAUAAGAACCUGUCUUUUCACAAGCUGGUGGCUUAUAUGAUUGGUCUGAUGACAGCUGUCCACACCAUUGCUCACUUGCUGAACCUGGAGUGGUUGAACAACAGCAGGCAGGGCGAUUACGACAACCUCAGCACAGAGCUAUCGGAGAUCGGAGACCACAGUAAUGAAACCUUCCUGAACCCCAUCCGCUCCCCUUCCACGACACCCUCGUACGUGGCCUUCACCACCAUCGCUGGGAUCACCGGGGUCAUCAUCACGCUGUCCCUCAUCCUCAUCAUCACCUCGUCCAUGGAGGUCAUCCGCCGCAGCUACUACGAGGUCUUCUGGUACACCCACCAUCUCUUCAUCAUCUUCUUCGCAGGGCUCGUCUUCCACGGGGCCGGGCGUAUUGUUCGCUCUCAGACGAAAGACAGCAUGUAUGAACACAACGUCACCUACUGUAAGGAUCGACCUCUGGACUGGGGAAAGAUCCCAGAGUGCCCUAUGCCUCAGUUCGCAGGAGGGGCGCCAGGGACCUGGAUGUGGGUUCUGGGGCCCAUGGUUCUCUAUGUGUUUGAAAGAAUCCUCCGCCUCUACCGAUCACUGCAGAAAGUCAUCCUCAGAAAGACGGUGAUCCACCCCUCCAAUGUGCUGGAGCUGCAGAUGCAGAAGAAGAACUUUAGCAUGGAGGUGGGUCAGUACGUGUUUUUGAACUGCCCCUCCAUCUCCCAGCUGGAAUGGCACCCCUUCACCAUGACCUCGGCCCCGGAGGAGGACUUCUUCAGCGUGCACAUCCGCUCCAUGGGGGACUGGACCAGGGAUCUCAUCAGCAAGGUCAACGAGGCGGAGAAGGGGGGGUUUCUGCCCAAGAUUGCAGUAGACGGGCCCUUUGGCACGGCCAGCGAGGAUGUCUUCGAUUACGAGGUCAGCAUGCUGGUUGGCUGUGGAAUCGGGGUCACGCCCUUUGCCUCCAUUCUCAAGUCCAUCUGGUACAAAUUCAAGGAGUCCAACCAAAAACUGCGAACAAAAAAGAUCUAUUUCUACUGGCUGUGUCGGGAGACCCAUGCCUUUGAGUGGUUUGCGGACUUGUUGCAUUCACUGGAGGGAGAGAUGGAGGAGAGGGGGAUGCUCAACUUCCUCAGCUACAAGCUCUUCCUCACCGGCUGGGACCACAGCCACGCUGCUCAUGUGAUGGUACACUUUGAUAAAGACACAGAUGUUGUUACUGGACUCAAACAGAAAACACAUUACGGGAGGCCAAACUGGGAGAAGGAAUUUGAGGAUAUACACAACGCCCACCCCACGUCGACGGUUGGAGUGUUCUUGUGUGGCCCGCAGGCCUUGGGAAAGACACUGGAAAGCUGCUGUGCCAAAUACUCAGACGUGGAUCCUCGCAAAGCCCGGUUUUACUUCAACAAGGAGAACUUCUGAUCUGGUCAAACUGACUCCGAGAUCCAGCAACAGAUCAGGAGGAUUCAUCUGAACACUCAUACUAGGACAACAGUGUCAAUUAAAGAGAAAAACAGGUCUCCUGCAAACAUUCAGAGAUAAUCUUACCUGACUUAAUUGGCUUGGUCAGAAAAUGCUGGUUGAAUGGCACAAUAAGGUGUAAAUGUACGCAUGCCCAUAUAAUAAUCGUUACUGUUUAAUGUAAUUAUGUAGGUGCUAGUGUGUCAUUAAGUCUUUGUGGGCUUUAAAAGUUCAUCCCUGUAGCGCACUAAAGAACUGUUCACCUCCCAGGUCAGAAACAGAUUUAUUUAACAGAGACAAUUGCAUGUUAUGUUGGGAGAGUGCCCCUUUGCGUCUCUAAACUUCAUUUUUAUUGUUUUAUGAUCCCAAGCGUUGCUCGAGAGUAGGAUGGGAUUACAGGAAUAUCUUGAACUCAGAUAUCCCAUUUGAGGAAAUGCCUUGCCCUCUUUUUAGCCCUGGGCUCUGGUUCCACCUGCAUUACAAAUCUAGAAUUACCCUUCUUGCAGUGGGAUGACAGGAUAAUUAUGGAAGCAAAACCAAGACUUUGGAUUGUGACAGUGCAUGAAUACUGUCACACACCCUCUUAGAAAUAUAAGGGUAGUGCUAAAAAUAGAAAGGACUUUUUUUUUUUUUUUUUUUUUAAAUAUGUGAAAAGAUCUUUCUUAACCUUAGCCUUUUGUCUCUUGAGACCAGCGUUCAAUUUUAACAAAUGAACUACAGGAUUUCCGUUUGAGUGAUUAUCGUACUACUGGAAACAAAAUUACUUUAAUUGUUUUAAUGUACAGUACAAUGUGUAUAAUAAUUUCUGUAAAAUGUAAAUGUAUAAGAUUAAAUAUGUCCAUUUUAUUUCUAAUCAUUUCUUUCCUGAAAUACUAUU